AUGCCGAAUCUCUGCGUCUCCUGCACCUUCAACCCACCGACCAUCACGCUGCUCGGCUCCACCAUCCGCGAAGACACCGUGCGCGCGAUGGAGACGCAAAUCCCUCUUGCGACGUCCACCGCUGUGAAUCCUAGCAAGGAUCCGGCCAAAUUCAUCUUCCUCUCGAACCCUGAUCACUGGCGUAUGGAACUUCAUCAGCACUUCUGUGACGAGCUCCACAAGUCUUCUGUUUUCCUUGUGAUUAUCCAGUCCCUCGAGCAGGAGGGCUGGCGUCUUCGCGCCUCGAACAGCGUCCAAAACACUGAAAAUGAUACCGACACGGCGAAGCUCUUCUUUGUUCGCGCGUAA